GACGCUCGCCCGGUCCCGGGGCACCCCGCGACCUCCCUUCCCCGCUGGCGGGCACCGAGGCCGGGCAGCGGCCGGGCUCCCCCGCCAGACGCGCCCGGGCCCGGGUCGGUUCCGGGGCGGCGGCUUCCGGCGGGGCCAUGGCGCCCUUCGCCUGCGGGCUGCUGGUGCUGACGGCCCCGCUGGGCGCGCUGCCCCGGCGGGCGGCGGCGGCGCUGGCGGCGGCGGCGGGGGUGGUGGCGGGGCCGCUGUACGUGCACCUGCAGCCGGGGCUGCGCCUGGCCGCCCCCGACCCGCGCCCCGCCGCGCCGCCCGCCUGCCCCGCGCUGCUCCGCGCCCUGGCCGCGCUCUACGCGGCGGCGGCGGCCCAGCGGGGCCUGGACCUGCGCGUCCUGCUGGGCCCCGGCCGCCGCCUGGCCCGGCAGCCCUGCGUCCUGCUGGCCGCCGCCGCCGCCGCCGAGGCGCCGGGGCCGGUGCGGCUGGGCCUUCAGCGCCUGGCCGCCGCCGCCUACGGCUGCCCGCCGCGGCUGCCCGCCGUGCUGCUGGAGGAGGCCGGGGGGGGCCCCGAGGAGGAGCCCGGGGAGGACCCCGACGCGGCGCUCCCCGACUUCGCCGACGUGGCGGUCGGCGGCACCUUCGACCGCCUGCACGGCGCCCACCGCCUCCUGCUCAGCGCCUGCUGCCUCCUGGCCCGGCGGCGGCUCCUGGCCGGGGUGGCCGAUGGCGACCUGCUCCGCCACAAGCUCCUGACGGAGCUGAUCGAGCCGUAUGAGCUGCGAGCGGCGAAGCUGCGUGAGUUCCUGGAGGACGUGAAGCCCUCGCUGCAUUACGACAUCGUGCCUCUGGUCGACCCCUACGGCCCCUCGGUCACGGACCCUGACCUGCAGUGCUUGGUGGUCAGCGAGGAGACCCGCAGAGGAGGGGAGGCCGUGAACAAGAAGAGACUUGAAAAUGGGCUCCCUGAGCUGGCUCUCUACGAGAUCCUGUUGAUGAAGGACCCCGAACACAGUCAGAACGAGGAGGAGAAGAUCAGCUCCUCCAGCCUCCGGCAGAGGCUGCUGGGGACACUGCUGCGGCCCCCGCGGCAACACCCUGCCUUGCCUUCGCGCCCGUACGUGAUCGGCCUGACUGGAGGAACCGGUAGUGGGAAAACCUCCAUCGCCAAACUCCUGGGGCACCUGGGAGCGUUCCUCAUCGACGCUGACAAGCUGGGCCAUGCCGUCUAUGUCCCCGGUGGCCCUGCCUAUGAGCAGGUGGUGGCAGCCUUUGGGGCAGAAAUCUUGAAUGAAGAUGGGACAAUUAACAGGAAAGUCCUUGGGGCCAAAGUGUUUGGGAACCAGGAGCGGCUGAAGAGUCUCACGGACAUUGUGUGGCCUGAGAUGGCCCGGAUGGUCAAGGAGCAGAUCGGGGAGGCAGAUGCUCAAGGAAAGGCCGUGUGCGUGCUGGACGCUGCCGUGCUGCUGGAGGCUGGCUGGCAAGACAUGGUCCAUGAGGUGUGGACAGCCAUCAUCCCAGAGGAGGAGGCUGUGAAGCGCAUCAUGGCCAGGGACGGGCUGAGCGAAGAGGCUGCUCGCAGCCGACUGCAGAGCCAGAUGACCAACAGCCAAAGGGUGGAGCAGUCGCAGGUGGUGCUGUGCACGCUCUGGGAGCCGGAUGUCACCCGCAAGCAGGUGGAGAAGGCCUGGGACCUCCUGCAGCAGCGCCUGAGCCAGGAGCGCAGCCUGUGAGGGGGUCACGCUCCUCUUGGCCAUCACACACAAACCCCGUGGAUCCCACACCGUGGGAUGGGAGGUGAGGGUCCAUAUCCUGGCAUCACACGCCGGCAGUGAGCCAGCCGUGCCGGGGAGGAGCGCAGUGCGGGGCCUGAACCCACCCACCCUGUCCAGCCCCAUGGAGGGGCCAGGGGCGUCCUGCCAUCCCCUGGUGACGGGAUGGGGGGACGGGGACGUUGCAGCAGCUCCUCAGGCCAAAGGGCUGAGCCUGCACUGGUGCCUGGACCUCCCUGUGGGACAGUAAAGAGCCUUCUCCCUC